CCAUAAUUUUUCAGUUUCGCUUUCAUUUUCUUUGGGCGAGGCUCAAUGACUCGGUUCUGUUCGACUCGAUCAUUUUUCCUUUUUAACUUAAUUAUUUCUCUCUAAAUUUAACUUAAACAGUUCACAUCUGCUGCCGAGGCUCAUUAUCAGUGUUAUUAGUCGAAGUUGUGUUUUUGGUCUCGGUAUUUUUCGCUUUACGAUCAUGUUUGUUUCCCGGGUGUUUUCCAUUGUCCUCCUCGUCUGUUUCGUGUUACAAUGUGUCUUUGCUGUUCCGAUGUAUAAAAAAGUUGGUGGCUCAGUUGUCCUGGAUUCAGGUCAUAAGUCUGGUCCCCUCAAUAGUGUAACCUGGAAGCACCAAGCGGACCUCGCCUUGGAGUGGUUCGGAUCCGAAAUUACUUGCUACAGAACCUUUAAAGGUCGAUGUAAUUUGGACAAAACAACUGGAAGUUUCACCAUCACAAAUCUGAUUCUAGAGGACGGCGGCAAAUACACACCUGAGAUUAACAGCGUGGUUGGUGGCACGAUGGAACUUAAAGUUAUCAAACCGGUCCCAAAACCCAAAGUGUCCACGGCCUGCAAUACUGAGAAGACCGUCUGUAAUCUCACCUGUAACGCCAACAUCUCCUCUGAGUUUGGACCCGUCACAUAUAAAUGGAAAACAGGAGACACAGAGUUGUCCAACAAGGAGGAGCUGACCUUAACAACGAAAAACGAGGAGCCCUCCUUCUUCUGUGUGCUGGGAAACCCUGUUAGCGACUCAGCCAGUGAUGAUUUCUCUAACCCUAUUAGCAAAGGGUCUAAUAUUGUAGCAGCGGUGGCUGUUCCGGUGGUUCUUGGUAUCCUCUUGAUUGUGCUUGGUGUUGUUGCCUGUGUGAAGUUCAGAAAAGUUCCCAGAGUGAGGACAAUGAGGCCUUUUAAGUAUUUUUCAAGGAAUCAAGAUAAUGUUGCACAUGGAAAAGAUGAAGUAAAAGAAGCUGAAGAAGGGCAAUGUUUGCUCAGAGUUCCUCAACCCCCAGUUGAGAAUAAAUCAAAGGGUAAAGAAGAGCUCAAUGGGGAUGUUAAAGUGAACGAAGAUGUUUCGACAGAGCAGCGGCAGCAGCAGCAGCAGGAUCCACCAACAGAACAAGUCAGUGACAACCAAGCAGGACCAGGACAGAUCUCCGAAUCUGAGGAAACCGAACCGACUGCUGAAGAACCUGGAAAGUCAAAAGACUCAACCUGUGAUCCUCCUGACACUGAACCUGAACAAGGGUCCAGUCAAGAAUCCAAUCUGGUCCCAUCUGCUGAGAGUCCAGAGCCCAGCAGUCAAACUGAGAAUAAAUCAGAGGGUAAAGAAGAGCUCAAUGGGGAAGCUAAAGUGAACGAAGAUGUUUUGACAGAGCAGCAGCAGCAGCAGCAGCAGGAUCCACCAACAGAACAAGUCAGUGACAACCAAGCAGGACCAGGACAGAUCUCCACAUCUGAGGAAACCGAACCGACUGCUGAAGGACCUGAGAUUGUAUCACCACCGAAGCCGAGACGUGCAGUAACGCCUGGCACAGAUUCAGCAGAAAGCUGAAACUCUCUUCAUCUGUGUGCGUCUGCUGUGACCUGGUCCGUUCUGGGAGGAUGUGAUGCACCUUACUGCUGUUUGACUGCGUUUGUUGAACAAGCUAAUAUUUCAAAUGUUGCAUCCGACUGACAGAAGUGACAGCAACAAGGUCCAGCUGGUGGAUAGUAUGUCUGAGAUUUGGAGGGAUGAACUUAGAAGACAACCAAGGCUGCCUUACUCUCAUCAUGUUCAAGAGCAAAAACUUAUGAGAUUUAUUUUAAAAAGUUUUAUCUCUUCCAGAUUUGGACUAUUUUAGACCAUGAGUUGGAUAUAUCAGUGUUUCUUCAGCAUAUCUGAACCUUUCUUGAGGUUUUUAUUGUUGUACAGAAUCUGCAUUUGUUGUUUUGUACACUUAUGUAUUUAAUUGCCUUCGCUGCGUAUUUUUUCUCAUUUUCAUUCCAAAACACUGAUUUGAACUGCAUGAGAAAUCAAGACCAGUUUGAGGAUCUAGAAUGUGGUGCUGCUGGGUUGGAUUUUAGUUCGUUUUAGUUUAAAUUAGCUUUUUUACUUUAGAUUUGUAAAUGAUGGCAAAAAACUGAGAUGCACUUGAAUUCCUACAGAAUGUGUCCGACUCCCUUCGAUGGAGUUUUACUCUAAUUAUUCAUCUGUGCCAUCAUAAACAAUAGACAAAGAUACUAAAGGGACAACCAAACAUGCUUUAAAACUACAUAUAAAUAUUUUUACAUGUAAAUCUAUUUAUAAGCUCCUUUCAUUUGGAUGUUUUUCCAGUGUUGGAGCUGAAUUCACUGUGUUCCCACUAGAAGGCAGCAUUCCUCUUGUUACUGCUGAAAUCUGGUUUUAGUAGGAAAAAAUGUUAGAAUUAAAUAAAAGCAUUUACUGUAAAUAUAUUUUA